AUGACACCAGUGAUGUUCGUGCGAGUUGCACCGAUGAGCACCUACUUGAAGAGUUAUCUACGCAAUCGAGCUCCUCUCUCAGACAGUUUCCAUCCCACGAAUUCUACCACAGCAGAAUGAUCGACUUCCUCAACUCUUAGGUAUGUAACCUGAAGUGAGAAAGUGCAAGGUAAGCGACAAGGCAAGCCACGGUCCCUUGUUGAUGCUCCAAACGCACGCGAGCACCUCCGCAUUUUGCCAAAUCGACAGAUGACUCCUGACCUCUGACACGUGGAGGACAGCAGAUAUUGACAUGGGCUCACUUGUAAGCAACUGCUGCUGAACAGCAUCAACUAUCGCUGUCACUCUGCCCAUCUCACUCCUCGCCAACUGCUCGCAAUGGCAUCUACAAACACCGUCCCAUCCACAGCCUUGGGCCCGUCUCAGGCCUCUGGCCUCUCAUCGUCAGCAACAACGCGUAAAUUCCAACGUCCAUCCCUCUUCACCCGCUUCCGUUUCUUUCUAAGAAUAUGGCUCAUGAAGGGCAUGACCACGCUCUUCUUCAAAAGCAUUCGUCUAGUCCAUGCCCGUCAGCUUCGCGGCUUUCUGCCAAACUACACAAAAUGCUAUCCCGUCCGCCCAACACUAGAAAACCGUAUCUUCCUGCCUAAAGGCUACACCAGCACCGGCACCACGCAGUAUCCCCUCCUCAUCACCAUCCAUGGCGGUGGCUUCGCCCUUUGUGAUCCAGCCAUGGACGACGAGUUCAACCGCACCUUCGCCGACACGUACGACUUCAUCGUCGUGAGCGUGAACUACCACAAAGCCCCUGGCACUGCCUUCCCGACCCCCGUCCAUGACGUGGGCGCCAUCGUCGAGUCCAUCCUUGCCGACUCUUCACUCCCCAUCGACACCGGCAACAUCUCGAUCGCCGGCUUCUCCGCCGGCGGCAAUCUGUCUCUGGCCGUCGCUCAACUGCCAGGCAUCAAAGACAACGUCCGGUCCAUCAUCCCCGUCUACCCCGUCGUCGACUUCACCGGCCAACACAAGGGCGCCUUCCGCACCACGCCCGAUGGCAAACCCGACCUCCUGAAGGACCUGGGACCCUUGUUCAAUUGGGCCUAUAUCCCGCCUGACACGGACCUAUCCAACACUCUGCUCAGCCCCAUCUGUGCCGAUAGAAUGCAGCUGCCUCAGCGGAUAUUCUUCAUCGGCGCCGAGUACGACUAUCUGUGCCACGAAGCAGAAGUCAUGGCCAAGAAAUUCGCCGGCCUUGAGGCUUCGGAUACAGGUCCUGAAUGGGAACAGAACGGGAUCAAAUGGCGGAUGGUGCCGGACGUGACUCAUGGGUGGACACAUCUGUCCUUGAAGAACCCGGAAGCGGAAAAGAAGAGGAAGAAAGAUCUGGAGGGCUUGUAUAAGGAGAUGGCAGAUUGGCUGAGACAGUAGUAGUGUACAAAGCGUAUCCUGUAUAUGGAGCAGGAUGAACAAGGCAACAGUGGAGACUUCGAGUCACAUUUAUGCAGAGUCAUACUAGAAGUACUUCAACCUGUAUAUGCACACGA